AUGAAGCUAGUAGUAGAAGUAGUAGAUGCUCAUGAUCUUAUGCCCAAAGACGGCGAAGGGUCAGCUAGUCCAUUUGUAGAAGUUGAUUUCCAAAACCAACUAAGCAAAACCAAAACCAUUCCAAAGAACCUCAACCCUGUUUGGAACCAGAAACUUCUCUUUGAUCUAGACGAAACCAAAAACCGCCAUCACCAAUCCAUCGAGGUCUCCAUUUACAACGAGAGGAGACCAAUUCCUGGCCGAAACUUUCUUGGUAGAACUAGAAUUCCUUGUUCAAAUGUUGUCAAGAAAGGUGACGAAGUUUAUGAAACUUUCCAAUUAGAAAAGAAGUGGUUUUUCUCAUCUGUCAAAGGUGAAAUUGGCCUUAGAAUCUACACCUCGCAAGAAUCUGAAACAAAAGCUCCUCGUCUUCCCUCUCCACCACAACCUCCACCAUCUAAUACACCACAACCACCAGAAACCUCUGCUUCUAGUUCUCCCCUCCCCACUAUUACUCAUAUUGCAGAAAAUACCGACCUUGAUUGCAAAACUCUAUCUGCUCUUCCUAAAGCAGAGAUUCUUCAUAUCUCUAAAGCUACUACAGAACAACCUGAGGAAAAAAAUUCUGCAAUUGCUGAAACCAGUGGUGGUAUACCUGCAAAAGAGCCAAAGAAGAGCAAUAAAGAGCCUGUCAAAGUAAGAGCUGCCGCCACUCAACUCGUACACCAACACCAAGUCCUGAAGCAACCCAGCCUACCAGUGGAGAAACUACCAAUACCAAACGGUGCCCCUUACACAAUGCAUACUGCAAAUCCACCAGCCCAUUCUAGUGAUCCAGAUGACUUCGACUUGAAGGACACCAACCCCCAGUUAGGGGAACGGUGGCCAAGCGGUGGAGUAUAUGGAGGAAGAGGAUGGAUGAAUGUCGAGAGAUAUGCAAGCACUUUUGACCUUGUCGAGCAGAUGUCCUAUCUAUAUGUUCGAGUCAUGAAAGCCAAAGAUCUUCCUCCGAGCUCCAUCACUGCAAGCUGCGAUCCUUAUGUGGAGGUAAAACUUGGGAACUACAAGGGCAGGACAAGGCACUUCGAGAGGAAAAUGAACCCAGAGUGGAACCAGGUCUUUGCUUUCUCAAAAGAGCGAAUACAGUCAUCAGUGCUUGAAGUUUUUGUCAAAGACAAAGAAAUGGUGGGGAGAGAUGAUUAUCUUGGAAGGGUAGUUUUCGAUUUGAACGAAGUUCCAACUAGAGUUCCACCAGACAGUCCACUGGCUCCUCAAUGGUAUAGACUGGAGGACCGACGAGGAGAAGGGAAGUUGAGGGGACAGAUUAUGCUUGCGGUUUGGAUGGGAACGCAGGCAGAUGAAGCCUUCUCAGAUGCAUGGCACUCUGAUGCUGCCUCAGUAUAUGGAGAGGGUGCAUUCAACAUCCGCUCAAAAGUCUAUGUAUCACCAAAAUUGUGGUACCUAAGAGUGAAUGUGAUUGAAGCUCAGGACGUGGUGCCAAAUGACAGAAGCCGCCUCCCAGAAGUAUUUGUAAAAGUUCAAGUUGGGAAUCAAGUUCUCAGGACAAAGAUUCAUCCAACUAGAACAGCUAACCCACUCUGGAAUGAAGAUUUGGUGUUCGUAGCAGCUGAGCCUUUUGAGGAGCAGCUCUUCCUUACUGUUGAGGAUCGAGUGACCCCUCUAAAAGAUGAUGUAUUGGGGAAAAUAAGCCUGCCCCUCAACAUUUUUGAGAAGCGACUAGAUCACCGGCCUGUUCAUUCUCGCUGGUUCAAUUUAGAAAAAUUUGGUUUUGGUGUCUUGGAGGCUGACAGGAGGAGAGAGCUUCAGUUUUCAAGCCGGAUUCACCUAAGAGUUUGCCUUGAAGGUGGAUACCAUGUACUGGAUGAAUCGACGAUGUACAUCAGCGAUCAAAGACCAACAGCAAGGCAGCUGUGGAAGCAACCUGUUGGGAUAUUAGAAGUGGGAAUCUUGGGUGCACAAGGUCUUCUUCCAAUGAAGAUGAGAGAUGGCCGAGGGAGUACAGAUGCCUAUUGUGUGGCCAAGUACGGCCAGAAAUGGGUUCGCACAAGAACAAUCCUUGACGCUUUCAAUCCAAAAUGGAAUGAGCAGUACACUUGGGAAGUUUACGAUCCCUGCACCGUGAUAACACUGGGAGUUUUCGACAACUGUCAUUUAGGAGGAGGCGAGAAACCAACCGCUGCCAAUGCAGCACGAGAUUCAAGAAUUGGAAAGGUAAGAGUUAGACUUUCAACACUAGAAGCUUAUCGGAUUUACACGCAUUCUUAUCCACUUCUUGUUCUGCACCCAACUGGGGUGAAGAAAAUGGGUGAGCUCCAACUGGCAGUUAGAUUCACCACCCUCUCUCUGGCGAACAUGAUAUAUGUCUAUGGGCAUCCUUUGCUGCCUAAAAUGCACUACUGGCAUCCAUUCACAGUCAACCAGGUAGACAAUUUAAGAUACCAAGCCAUGAAUAUUGUAGCUGCGAGGCUCGGCAGAGCUGAACCACCUCUGAGAAAAGAGGUGGUGGAGUACAUGUUAGAUGUGGAUUCUCACAUGUGGAGUAUGAGAAGAAGCAAAGCCAACUUCUUUAGAAUCAUGUCCCUUAUUUCGGGUUUGUUCUCCAUGAGCCAUUGGUUUGGGGACAUUUGCCAAUGGAGGAACCCAAUCACGUCAGUGUUGGUUCAUAUCCUCUUUCUGAUAUUGAUUUGGUACCCAGAGUUGAUCCUCCCAACUCUCUUUCUCUACAUGUUCCUCAUUGGAUUAUGGAACUAUAGGUUCCGGCCAAGGCACCCACCUCACAUGGACACCAAACUUUCAUGGGCAGAAGCAGUGCACCCGGAUGAACUUGAUGAAGAAUUUGACACAUUCCCAACUUCUAAAUCCCAUGACAUAGUUCGAAUGAGGUAUGACAGGCUUAGAGGCGUUGCAGGAAGGAUCCAAACGUUAACGGGCGACAUAGCAACGCAGGGGGAGAGGUUUCAGUCUCUACUCAGCUGGAGAGAUCCAAGAGCAACCAGUCUUUUCAUUGUGUUCUGUCUUUGCGCAGCUGUGGUGCUCUAUGUGACUCCUUUCAGAGUGGUGGCCCUGGUAACUGGUUUGUAUUAUUUGCGACAUCCUAGGUUUCGAAGCAAGCUCCCAUCUGUGCCCAGCAAUUUCUUCAAGAGAUUGCCAGCUCGGACAGACAGCUUGCUGUGA